AUGGCGAGAAUGAAGUUGUUUGCUCUGGAGUUACCCCUUGAGAUACAACACCCUGUACAUCCAAACCACAACCUUGUUCUCGUCGCGCCAGAAGAAGAGGACAGGACUUGUGAUGCCUGCCUUAGGCUUUGGAACAGAUGCUUCGCCUACCAGUGCCAUAGUUGCAAUUUCGACCUUGACAUAGAAUGUGCCUCAGCCAGUUGGCCAACUAAACGUGACGACUGUCACCAACAUGAAUUCGUUCCCAUCUUUCAAGAGAUCCAGUUCACUUGUAAACUCUGUGGUGAGGAUUGGAGCGGCGACGCCCAGGCAGAUAGUCACUCGGUCACUCUCAUCUAUUCCCUUGGUAAAGUGUUCAAAGAGCACGACCAUGCAUUCUGUUCCUUCUGCGGUAGAAAGGUCAACCUCAAGUAUGCGGGUUAUUAUUGCCAACAAUGUGAUUUCGAGCACGACGACACAUUAUGUAACCUCUGUUUUACAAAGCUCAACCUCAAGCGUGCGGGCUAUUAUUGUCACCAAUGUGAUUUCGUAGCCCACUUGGGAUGCGCCCGCAAAAAUUCGAUUGAACCAAUUGAUACCACAUACUCAAGUGACUCAAGCAUAGAAUCUGAUGUCAACGAGUAUAUCUACUUAGAAGAGGAUGAAGACCGUGAGGAGGUCAAACGUUUCUAUCACGAACAUAAGUUAAUCCUCAGCCGCAACGAAGUCGAGUUUGAUCAUCGUAAGCUCAUCUGUGAAGGUUGUAUGCAAUCAAUUUCCGCCCCAUUUUAUAGUUGUGAGCAAUGCGACUACUUUCUCCAUAGUACCUGCGCUAGACUACCCUUAAAGAACUCGGAGAGAAGAUUAGGGACAAAUGGUGCAAACUAUUAUGGUGCAGUAUUUGUAUGCAAUGAAUGUGUAUUUGCGAUGGAUUUUGAAUGUGCAACACUCCCCCUCAAAGUUAAGUGUGAGUAUGACUCACAUCACCUCUCACUUACUUAUACAGUUGAAAAUGAUUCUGAAGAAUAUUAUUGUCUAAUUUGUGAAGAAGAAAGAAAUACAAACCAUUGGUUCUAUUACUGUGUAGAUUUCAACUUUGCCGCUCACCCUCAAUGCGCAAUUGGACCAUAUCCCUACAUUAAGUAUGAAACGAAUUUUACUCAAGAAGAUGGUCAUCAACACCCUUUCAAUUUUUCCUGGAGAACUAAGAACUCUCAUCCAUGUGAUGCUUGUGGUAAAACUUUUGAAAAUGAAACUUUGGAGGGUGAAACUUCUGUGGGAGCUAUGGGCCUAAACUGUACACAAUGCAAAUCCAUUAUCCAUUGGGACUAUAAAUGUAUACGGAAAUUAGAAGAAAAACUUCUUAGCACUUAUUAG